GAGAGCCAGAGACGCAGACCUCACAUUCUCUUACAGAUAAGUCGUGCCUUCACAGUCAGCAACCUACCACUACGACUGAAACGUUUCAUUUAGUAUGAGCUAAGCGGAUUAACUUACCUUAGUUCUUCCUAUUUGCGUUUUUAGUGACUCUUGGUUUAAUCCUCUAUAAAUCUCUGCCCCCAAACCAUUAUCGUGCUUCUUUAGAAGGAUAUUUUACGCGGAGAGACUAUCUUAAAUUAUUAUUGCUAUGGAUUUACAAACAUUAAAUGACACAUCUGGAAUUUGGGCAUGUCUCCAGUCUCAGAACAGUUCGGUUUUGAACGCUCUCGCCAACGGGAGUUUGGAGGUUCCCAACGGCACCUGCGGAGAAGCGCUUCUGCUACCCAAGACGCAUCCUGCGCGCCCCAAAGAAAUGGAUUCACUCCGCAUACUUCUCUACGCUCUCAUCUUCUUUCUCAGUGUGUUUGGAAAUCUGCUCAUCAUCGUGGUUUUGGUGGUGAAUAAGCGAAUGCGGACGGUCACCAAUUCCUUCCUGCUCUCCCUGGCCAUCAGCGACCUUAUGAUGGCUGUUUUCUGCAUGCCCUUCACUCUGAUUCCCAACCUUCUGGAAGAUUUCAUCUUCGGAGCUGCUAUGUGCAAGAUCGUGGCGUAUCUGAUGGGAAUCUCAGUGUGCAUAUCGACCUUCAGUCUGGUGGCUAUAGCAAUAGAGAGGUACAGUGCGAUCUGCAACCCACUAAAGUCCAGGGCGUGGCAGACCAGAUCCCAUGCCUACAAAGUCAUCGCUACAACAUGGGCUCUGUCCUUCUUUAUAAUGAUACCCUACCCCAUCUUCAGCACCCUGGUUGAGUUCACCAAACCCAACAACAUCACCGCUCACAUGUGCAGACAUGACUGGCCAAAGAAAGAAGUGGAGCAAGCAUGGUGUAUCCUGUUGCUGUUCGUUCUGUUCUUCAUUCCUGGAGUGGUGAUGAUCAUCGCCUACGGUCUGAUUUCUCGAGAGCUCUACCGUGGAAUACAGUUUGAACUGGAACAGAAGAAGGGACAGUGUGGAAUGAAAAAUGGCAUCAGUGCCACUAUUUCAUCUAGCAGCGAUGAUGGAGAUGGCUGCUACAUCCAGGUGCCCAAGAGGCCCAACUCCAUGGAGAUGUCAGCUCUAACCCCGACGGGCUCCGCAAAGGUCGACCGACCCCGCAGCAACACGUCCGAGGCUAAACUAAUGGCCAAGAAGCGAGUGAUCCGGAUGCUCAUUGUCAUCGUUGCCAUGUUCUUCAUCUGCUGGAUGCCUCUGUACUCUGUGAACACCUGGAAAGCCUUUGACAUAGCUUCGGCCCACAGGGCUCUUUCUGGUGCCCCCAUCUCCUUCAUCCACCUGCUGUCAUACACGUCUGCCUGCGUUAACCCUAUCAUCUACUGCUUUAUGAAUAAGCGCUUUCGGAAGGCGCUCUUCGCCACCUUCUCGUGCUGUUGCUGGCUCUGCCGUAGACGGGGCAACAGGGAGGGUGAUGAUGAGGUCACUGCUACUGGUGUCUCUAUGUCCAAGUUCAACUACACCACCGUAAGCACUAUGGGGACGUGCUGAUUUUCAAUGCAGAGACACUUUUGAGGACCCAGGAUGGGAUAGGCAGAAGAGUUGGGGUUUGGGUUGAAAAAAGGUUGGAGCUGAUUCUGACCUCUCCUGAUACAGUAGGUGGAUGAUGUGAAUAGCUGAAUUCAAAGGAAAAAAGGUGGUAGCACUUUAUUUUACAGUUCUGUUGAACAUGUACAUACUGUAGAAUAUGCGUACUGCGUAAUUACUAGGUACCAGUGCUGAACCUAUCCCUAAACCUAACCCUAACCACUAUUAAGUACAUGUAGAUAUAUGUUUAUUUUGGGUGGGGGGGUAAGUACACUACAAGUACACUGUAAGUGCACUUCCUGUAAAAAUAAAGUGCAACCAGUUAGGCUGUAGCAGACUUAUCGUAUAUUGCCUGCCUGCAACAAAGACAAUUGCAUGGUAUCUUAUCAUUGGCUGUUUAAUGAACCACAUUGCUGAUGUCGUUACAUAUACACCAGAGACUUGUAUAAAUGUAUAUACCUUUGGCAGCAAAAUCAUUUGAUUUGGUAGGGGGUCACACCUGCCAACCGUUUUUGCUGUAAUAUUUGUCACAUUUAUUGCUUACGAAGACGGUCACAGACUAAUGCCGCUUUUCCAUUGCAUAGUGCGGCUGUGGCGCAGUACAGCUUACUUUUGAGGGGCUUUCCACUGUAGUACCUAAUACUUUUUGUAGUAUCACCUCGGCUGAGGUUCCAAGUGAGCCGUACGUGAUGUAUAAACACUGCAGAUCACAGACUGGUCAGAGAGAAUCGUCACUAUGAGCUUUAUAACUAACCCUUGUGUGCCAUCAAGGAAGCCAAGCGAUGUCCUCAUCUGUGCCUUGUUUAACAUGUUCCCAAACUCACUUUUAGUGGUGAAAAACAUCCACAUGAUGAGAAUCAUCAUCCCCAUUCCAUCGAUUUGAACCAUUGCUCUUGUGUUGUGCUUUUGUUAGUACCACAUUAACAAUGAUGUCAUGAGGUAACUAUAAUGAUAACUCUAUAAACCCUACCCACUCUAAAGUGGUACUAAACUGCAGUGGAAAAGCAAAGCGAGCCAAAGGAACGCGAGCCAAAGGAAGGCGAGCCAAAGUAAAGUGAGCCAAGCUGCAUGGUGCACUGCCGAGCCGAGUCAUAACAUGCAAUGGAAAAGCGACUUAAAGGUCCAGUGUGGGUUUUUUAGCAGCAUCUAGCAGUGAGAUUGCAAAAUGCAACCAACAGAAGCUACGGUAGCUGGAAAAGGACAAACUUGUUGUCCAACGUAGGGACGAAACAAUUUGUCCGUUUAGGGCUAAUAUAGAAACAAGAUGGUGACUUCCAUGUAAGGGGACCAGUGGUGUAUGUAGAUAAAAAACGCUCCUACUAAGGUAAUAAAAACAAUACAGUUCAUUGCGCACCACUGAUAAUAUAUGUAUAUUGCAUUUCUGUCAAGAGAUCCUUCUAAAAAUCCCACAUUGCACCUUUGAAUGACCAUAUUUCUCCCUACAUUUAGGGAGAAAUACACCCUGUAUUACAGUCACUGUUGUGAUACGUCUCUUUACAUUUGCUCGGGAUCAGAUCAGAGCAGGACUUGUCGGUUCAUCGGUGUGAAAAGCUCACUGGUCCCUGCCGACUCAAUGACGCUGUGCCCUACCGACUUAGUGAUGGCAUCGACAUGUCUGAUGUUGCUGGAGAAUCAGCCGAGCCAUUAACUUAGUAGGCAGUUGAAUCUCUGAGGCUCACUCACCCAUUGUUAGAUGCACCGUAGUGACCCCUGAUUCUCAAACGGUUAUGUAAAUUAAGCUCACAUUGGAAAAAUACGCUGAAAAAUUGGCUAGUCGGAUGCCAGCCUGUACGCUGUCAUACGUUAAGUGCCUGCUUUGCAUAUCCAGUGUUUUGAAAAUCUUUUGUGCUGUCAGGGCUUUUCUUCAGAGUGUUUGUCUCAUCAGAAGGAGUACUGUCAAGGGCGACUUCUUUUCGAAGCCUUUAUGGAAAAAUGAUCAGUAUUCAGCUGUCUAGAAUACUGACAUAGCUCUGAAUUUCUCAUACGGCAUAAUUACAAAGCCUGAGCCAACAUUGUCUUGAUAUAAAAGGAUUAUUUAAAAACUCUUAUUAAUUGCAGUAUUACCAAAAACAAAAAAAAAAGGGGGAAAGUGUAGAUUCCAGUCACAGCAUUGUGCAAGUUAUUUUUUCUGCGUGUUUUGUUGUCCUUCGUGUCCUUCACAGUUUGUAGCUCAUUCUCUUAAGUGGUGGCUAACGCAGAUGGCCUCUGAACUUUCGGUUGUCUGAUUAGAUCAAUUUAUGUCGAUCUUUCAUAAUCUCAUAGAUGUUUUAUGGCUGCUUCUGUGUGCCCUUGUACAGAUUGCUAAAAGCGAAUUAUGGUCCUCUAAAUGAUCCUCAUCAAAUAACAGCUUAGAACAGCCAAAACAUUCAAACCUGAUUCCAUGUUGUACUCUUUCCAUUUCAGAAGAGAGAAACCGAGAACGUUUUUGAAGUUUAUUAGAAACUGAGGUAAGAUUAAAUGUCAAAUCUUUUUUUUCUGCCAUUAGACCAGUGAGAAGAGCAACUUGAGACACUGUGGUACUUCACAGCUAAAUUGCAUGGGUGAUAAUACUCAAUUUAUUCAUAUAAUACCAAGUAAUACGUUGCCUUAUAUAUAUUUUUUCUUAAGUUAUACAUGUGACCCAGUCUGUGAAACACCCGGUUAGUCAUUUUUAGUGAUUUACAUUUUAAGUGGUAUGACAUUUUAUAAUUAUAAUAUAAAGAUUUUGACACUUCAUUCAUGAGCAGAAAAUAAUAUAAAAGCUGUCACUACGAUGGUACCCUUUAAAAAAGGUCCUACAGUAAUAUGUACCAUUUAGAUGCAGAUAUACAUUUGGUAGCAUAUGUGAGGUACAGUACUAAUAUGCACUCUUUGGGUACAAAAAAGUAUUUUUGAAGGGGUGUCGCCGAUAUUGUAAAGUCUGAUAUUAAACAUGUUCUCAGUUUGUGACCCCACAGAAAAAUAUGUUAUUUACCACAUAACCAAAGUUGAAUGAUAAAAAAGUUAAAUAGUUAAAUUAGGUUAUCAAAAUCUUGGAAAACCAGGCAGGAUUCUCUGCUCUAAAAUGCUGGGGGCGUGUCAGUUGUCGGUGCUGACACCAUGCCCGUUUGCAGAAACACUGUCGGUCUCUCUCAACUUUCAAAUUUCACUACAACCUGAAUGGCUGCUUGCGAUUGUGUUAAUAUUAAAUAGUUAACAGUUUUUUUUAACGUGUUUCAGCAAUACAUAUCUGACACUUAUAAUGUGUUUAGAAACAAUUCUCUGAAAGUAUUUUAGACAGACUUUAUUUCUGACAGGGUUUAGUGUCAUGUACUGUAGUUUAAAAGAUUGAAUUGAGUUACCUUAGUCUUUCUAAUUUAUAUCACUCACUUUUA